UGACCUGCAGAGCAUCGCGUGGAGUGCCACGGUUGCCAUCACACGGCCGCUCUCUCAACCCUGUGAUAUAUCUUCCUCUCUCUCACAUUUACUGAGUCUUAUAAACUAGACUAUGAGCGGGUGAAGCAGUAUGGCUGUAGCAGGUGUGGGAUGAGAGCGACAUGUUGGUUCACUUGGCAUGUUUAAGGUAUUGUCUUUAAGUGAGGUUGUGGUGUAGUGUAACGUCUGGUGGGUUUGUAGGACGCUGAGGUGAUUACUGGGUGUCAUAGUACACACCUGCAGGGGAAGGUGUACAGCAGCUGACACAAUGGUGAUCAGCUGGCGUCUUGUGCCUACGGCAUUCCUCUUCAUUCUCUGCCAAGACCUGUCAUCUCCAGCAUCUUCGCCUGCCGGAGAUACUUGCCUCUUGGAGACCAAGAGUACCAGUGGUUGUGAGCCAGACCUCACCUUAAACUCCUCCAGUAACUACAUUCUGGUGAAAAGAUCAACUCAGAAGGACCACAACCUGACUCUUUUCGUCAAGCCAGGAGGCGCCUUCUCCCUAAACAUCACCGUGGGCUUGGCUAAGCUCGCUAGUGCUCCUGAAGACGUCAGCACCCUCCCUGAGCACCUGUGGCAGGGAGUCAAGAACUGGCUCUUCCAAGGCCCUCUGGAAAAGGUUCGCAGCAACGUUAACAGCCUUCUAUCCUCCGUCAGCAGAAAAUUCGGGAACCUGACCACUGGUUCUCAUACCCAACUGUUGACAGCGAGUGCCCUGAGGGCGACAGACGUCUGCCACUGGUACAACCUGACCAUAGAGUUGAUGCGCAAUGAUCAAUUCGGCCCUGACCACUGGGCACUCCGUGUGUGGGUUGACGGAGCCUACUCAGACUACCCAACUAAAUAUUGGUGGAACUUAAACUGGGUGCUGUGGGUGGAGGUGUCGUCCCGGGGGUCGUCGCAGUGGGUGACGUCAAGAACGACGGUGUGUCCGUCACGACCCUGGGUCAUGGUGGUGGUAGCGGUAGUCGUUGCAGUCGCUGUCGUCGUGGUUGUCGCUGUUGUGACGUACUGCUUCUGUCACCGGAGGUGGGGCGCGAGCACGUUGCCCAACGACCCCGUCACCCCGGGGACACCACCACCACCUGCAGGCCAGGGCAAGGAGGAGAAGGUCAGGAAGGUGACCCUACUGGGCGUGUCCCGCGCUGUCACCCCCAACGCCAGUGGCUGGACCUUCUUCAAGGUCACACGCGGGGACAAGGGCACGGGCACGCCAUUACUUGAGUGGCCAUUCUAACUUUCUUAGCCACGCCUUGGUUCACCUUCAGAAAGUUAACGCAAACGUACAUUAACUUUCUGUGCUUUAAUUCCACGCCUUAAAGAGGACGUCACUUCCUCAGCAUCAAUCGCAGCCUCCAGCCUCAGAGGUCAUCACAGUAAGGAGAGGUCAAGGCGAGUAACGGUGAAGGUCACUGUACACAGUACACACACACAGUACUUUACCAGCGAUAUAUAUAAUUAUUUAUUUGUUUGUCGAUGUUAUAACUAGCGACUUGCAUUAUAAAUUAAGUCAUGACCUUAAAAAUACACAUUAAAAAUGAUAACAUUA